GUUUUGUGUUCCUCCCAGCCGCACUGUUGUGGCUUUUGGCUGUCGUCAUCUCUCCCGCACUCCCUCAGAUCCCGUAUUCCUGCUUCGGUUUCUACAUUUCAGCAGUCUAGUGGCGUCCCUCCGCGAUACGAAUGGCAGUUUUUUUCUAUGGGUGUCGUAGGACCGACCAUGCUGUGAGCUUAAUGGCCUCGACGUAGUUUUAGACGUAAGGGCAGCUUUAAAAUCAAGAGUUUGUUGUCAGGUCCCUUCUGGUAGACGUAGGCUCGUUGAAACACCUAAGUUGCUUUCUAGGUGCGAUCAAUCCUUCGUGAAGCUCCGUGCCGCCUCCGAUCGUCAUUCUAAGGUCUCCGAGGCUCUGCGAUCUGCCGAGGCUCGGCAACGCAGUAACCGGAGCUUCGUGUGGAGGGGGCGACCAUGGGGCAGGCGUUUAGGAAGCUGUUCGAUUCCAUCUUCGGCAACAGAGAAAUGCGCGUCGUAAUGCUAGGGCUGGACGCAGCAGGCAAGACCACGAUUCUCUACAAGCUCCAUAUCGGCGAGAUCCUCUCCACCGUUCCCACUAUUGGGUUCAACGUGGAGAAGGUGCAGUACAAGAACGUGCAAUUCACGGUGUGGGACGUGGGCGGCCAGGAGAAACUGCGGCCGCUGUGGCGGCACUACUUCAACAACACUGACGCGCUGAUCUAUGUGGUGGACUCGCUGGACAAGGAGAGAGUCAAGCAAGCAGCUCGUGAAUUCCAGACAAUAGUGAGCGACCCUCUGAUGCGCAACAGUGCCAUCCUUGUCUUCGCCAACAAGCAAGACCUGAAAGGGGCCUUGUCCCCAUUGGAGGUGUGUGAGAUGAUGGGGCUGCAGCAGCUGCGGAACCGCUACUGGCACAUUCAAGGCACAUGUGCUCCCAAGGGCGAGGGGCUCUAUGAGGGGCUGGACUGGCUGUCUAACACGCUCAAGACCAUGCAGGCCAAGGGCUUGCCCACGUCUGUCACCUCUGCUGGGGCUCCCUGAAACGCAGGACAAACUGAGAGAGAGCUGUCAUGGUUGCUGUGGCACAUGGCGUAGAAUGAAAGGAAAGGAGUCAUUUGGCACGGGUUUCUUUGAGUGAUUUGCAGAGCAGCUGGUGGAAGUUUUCUAGCACUGGCACGGUGGCGCCCCCCCUCGCAAGGUUUUCCCUUUCCCACUUGAAGGAGUCCCUGGUCCACCUCAGCUCCUCAACCCGAAGUCAGUGCAUUCUUAAACCCGUCCCCGCUCUUGGUGUGGCAGUUGCUUCAUGUCACGGCAGGCUUCGCUACUGCUGGGAAGUUUCCUACUCCUGCACACUUAGAGAAAUUGCCCUCCCCUUCAUUGCUGGCUACAGCCAUCUCGCAUACCGCAUCUCGCAUCCCGCAUGCACUCCUGCUCCAAUAAUCCAUUACUCAGUAGAAACAUAGGCUGGUAAGGCAGGGUUUCCGCUUUAGAGUUAACAAACCUUCCAUGCAACAUUUGAUUAAUGCCCCUAAAAUUGUAGCACUAAGAAUCUAGAAGGAAAUUCAGAUU